CCGAGAGUUUCUGAUACGCCUGACAAAUUUUGAUUAUGAAGAGGAAGACUCGGAAAUUAUUUCACUUUGCAUGCGAAAGUCUUCAAUAAAUUUCCACAAUGAGCUUUCUUCCCGGGACUGCAAGUCUCGUCAAGGAGAUAGAUAAGAGACUAAUGGUUGUCCUUCGAGAUGGAAGAACACUGAUUGGAUAUCUGAGAUCUAUCGAUCAAUUUGCCAAUCUUUUGCUUCAAGACACUAUUGAAAGAAUUCAUGUUGGAGGAAAGUAUGGAGACAUUCCCAGAGGAAUUUUUCUUGUCAGAGGAGAAAAUAUGGUCCUUGUUGGUGAAAUAGAUGAAGAAAAAGAAGCAAAAUGUGAACUUCAAGAAGUAUCAGUGGCUGAAAUCCUUGAAGCACAGAGGGAUGAACAGUUGGCUAAAGAAGAACAAGAGAAAGCAAAGACCAAAGCAAAACUGAAGAAAGGUCUCCCUGUUAACGCAUCAGACACUUAUCUUGACCAUGAUGAUGUUUUUAGUUGAGAUUCUUUGAGAAAUGAUAUGACACAUCAAGGAAGUCAAUACUAAGCACCAAUCCCUGAGGUGUCCGAUAAUUGUCUGAGUCCACAGUAUCGACUUUGUUGCUAAGCAACACGACUCAUCUGCUGACAUGACAGUUUUGUAAAGAGCUUAAGGUUUGGCAACACUUUGGUUCCAAAUGAGACACUUGUUUUCUGACUGAUUAGGAAAGGCUUGGUAAGAUAUAAUAAUAUAUUUAUUGUAACUUGACUGUAUAUUUCUGGAAAUCUUUUUUAUGUAUGUGUUACUUGUCUCAGAUUUUAAAAAGUCAAGCUAAGUCCUCGUUGAUUAUCUAAGAAAUGUGCUACAUGAAAUGUAACCAUUAGAGAAUAAACUUGCUCCAGGAGCAAAAACA